AUGGAUUUCGACUCAUGCCGAGAUGUGAAUGGCCUUUGGAUCCACCAUAUAUUCCAUGAAGAUCUCAUCCGUUCCGUGUUAGCAUACAAACCACGAGAGGAUGACAUAUUCCUCGCAACGUACCCAAAGUGCGGCACGACUUGGACACAGUACCUAAUCCUCAGCAUACUCACUGAUGGACAUCCACCGAAAACUGUUGUCGACUUCAUGCUAGCGUCGCCUUUCAUGGAAAUGAUGGGCGCCGAAGCGGCUGAGAGGAUGGCCAGGCCAGGUCUCUUGAAAACACACCUCCCGUUCAAUUUGCAGCCUUACUCGCCUCAAGCAAAAUACAUCUACGUCACACGCAACCCGUACGACGUUUGCGUGUCUUUCUACUAUCACAUGAAGGGCAUAACAGCCAAGAAAUAUGAUGCGUCCUUUGACAGGUUCUGCAAAGCAUUCAUCGCCGGCAAGGUUUCCUGCGGAGACUACUUCGAUCACUUGCUCUCCUGGUACGAGCACCGGAAUGACCCAAACGUCUUGUUCUUCACGUACGAGGAAAUGAAGAAAGACAUCGAUUUCUGGACACUCAAGAUAGCCGAUUUCAUGGGCGAACAGUACGGGAAGAAGCUUCGCGACGACUCUACCUUACUACGCAAAAUUAUCGACACGUCGAGCCUUAAGAAUAUGCAAGGAGUCUUCAACGAGCAGAUGCGUACGAUGAUAAAAGAUUUGCUGAGCUUGGGUCCAGAUAGGGCUAUCAAGUCAAUGGAAGUUUACAGGGAAGUUAUAGCUCACGAUGAAGAGCCCCUGCACAGCGACGACGGUUUUGUUCGCAAAGGCAUCGUGGGAGACUGGAAGGCUCAUUUCACGGACGAGCAGAUAAAGAAUAUGAAAACGUGGAUUGCUGAAAAAACGAAAGGCUCGGAUGUUAUGAAUUUAUGGAAGGAUCUCGAUCUACCAUGAGAGAACGGCGACGAAGUUUGAACUUCAUGUGGCUGUGCAUGUACAUAAAUGGUCAGCUCUCGGCAUUGCUCGUUCUGACAGUGAUUUUAGUAUAUGAAUGUCGCGGAUAAAUCAUUACGUUGUACCAAGGAUGCAUAGUUGAGAAGCAAAAUGGCAAACAUCGGCAGCCUAAGAGACCUUUCCAAUAAUGCUAUGGGGUUCAUUAAAACGACACACUGUGUUUUCAGCAAGUGUCCACAAGAUGAAAGCGUUGCCUAGCGUUAGUGACUUCGCCAAAACUUCACUGCUUUUGAAAGCGGAGCUGCUCAACUCUUCGUUCCGCCGGUCUGCAGGAGCAAAGUACUAUCACCAU